AUGAUGUACCUGACCCUUGUGGUGGUUAUCCUUUCUGGUGUUGCUUUGGGCGUUUGCAUCCCCAUCGUAGUGAACUACUACUAUGAAGAAGUCAACACGCCUCCCUGGCUUCGUGACCUGGUGGAAGAGCUCUCACGGCGGGAUUCGCGCCGCGAGGAGGAGGACAUCUAUGCUCGUAGCCGCCAUGAAAGCCCACAAGUCAGGGCCCGGCGCAGCCGCAGCACGAGCUCCUCGCGGCGCCGCCGGAGGCGUCGGGAAGAGCUGGCGCAGGCCAUGCCACAUGGGGAGAUCUUAGAGACCUCUGCGGGGGAAGCCGACGUCUCAACCUGUGAUGAUGCCGAGAACAAGGCAAAACUCUCUUUUGUGAAGUUGCCCAAAGUGCCCGUCGAGCACAGCGAGACGUUGAGUAAGCAGAUCUCCUCCGACGAGGCCGGCGACUCGCCGAGCACGGAGGAGCGCUUGCGGGUGCUGCGCCGCGAGUGGGUGCAGACGGUGGGCACCGCGGCACGAGGAGCUGCAGAGAAGCGGGCUUCGGAAGAGAGCACCACUGCAGCGGAGGAUUCCGCCUCGUCGUUCUCGAGUUCUUUGAAGCCGCGACGGGGGCGCUCACCAGAGGAGGUCAAAGAGCAGGGUUCUUCAAAGCGAGCUGUCUCGUUCGACAGCAAAGUUGAGGUGAAGAAUCUAGAGGCGGAGACUCCAACGACUCGUUCUCCCAAGCUGUCACGCAAAGACUCCUCGAGCUCCCCCAAGAAGGAUCAAGGUCGGCGUGGCCAGUUCAGGAGCCGAUCUCCAAAGGUGUGA